CAAUCUCCAUCCUUAGUCUACCGUGGUAGAUAUGGUCUAUGACAUCCUUCCCAUCCCAUCCCACAUCCUCCAUCAUCGUGAGUUCCUGCAUGCAUCGCCGCCCGCAGUUGUUGCCCUUCCCUCAAAACCGACCUACCUCCGCCCGUCUUUUUUUUUGUUUUCUCUCCUCCCCCUCUUCCUCCCACCUCCAUACAAUCUCUACCUUUUUCAGACCGGAGUGUCAAUUGUUGCGCUCGGUACUGAAGUCAAACAGUCCUAGACCCGCAACUGUUUCCUCUCCAUUCUCUUCCCCGCGCCUGCGACCAUCGAUUCCGAUUGCCUGUCUGACUGCCUCCGAUUGACGCACACCGCUUCCCGCCCACCUCCCUACCUAUAUAACCCCCCGAAACCCUUCCUACCAUUAUUAUCUCUAUUCAUUUCCUCCUAAUUCGAAGCCAUGGUUCUCAUUGAAAACCAAGAGUACCUCUGUGAGGAAGAAAAGCGUCUGAAACAGGACAGAGAACGCACAGCCUACUGGAAACGGUGGGGUCCAUAUGUUGCUGAGAGACAAUGGGCUACUGUGCGCGAAGAUUAUUCCCAGGAUGGAGAUGCAUGGAGCCACUUCACACACGACAUGGCGAGGACGCGAGCCUUCCGUUGGGGUGAAGAUGGCAUUGCUGGUGUCUCCGAUUCGCAUGGAUUGCAGAACAUCGCAUUUGCCUUUUGGAACGAGAAGGACGACUUCUUGAAAGAGAGAUUGUUUGGUCUGUCGAAUCCUCAGGGUAACCAUGGCGAGUCGAUCAAGGAAUGCCAUUUCCACCUCGAUAAUACCCCAACUCACUCUUAUAUGAAAUUCCUCUACAAAUAUCCCCAGCGCAAAUUCCCCUACGAAGACCUCGUUAAGGUGAACGGCGAGCGUACCAAGUUGGAUAAAGAGUAUAACCUGGUUGACACAGGAAUUUUCGACGAUGACAGAUAUUGGGACAUCUUCAUCGAGACUGCAAAGGAAGCCGACGAUGAGGAAGAGCUCCUUUUCCGAGUUACAGCAUACAACCGUGGGCCCGAACCUGCUCCGCUUCACAUUGUCCCCCACGUGUGGUUUCGCAAUACUUGGGCUUGGGGCCACGAGGAUGAGAAGUUGAAGCCCUCGAUCCACAAGGUUGGCGCGACAACUGCCCAGACCAAGCAUCACAAGCUUGGAGAGCGCUACUUCCAGCUCUCUCCGUCUCCUGGCAUUGGCUCCAGCGGUGAAGACAUCCAACCAAAACUCCUAUUCACUGAAAACGACACGAACUUCAAGGCCAUCUGGGGAGGCGAGAAUCAGACAAAAUACGUGAAGGAUGGAAUUCAUCAAUACAUCGUAGACGAGAAGCUUGAUGCUGUAAACCCUCAAGGCCAUGGAACCAAGUGUGCUGCCUGGUAUGCAUUCGAUGAAGAGGACGGAGUUCCACCAGGCGAGUGUGCGGUCGUGCGUUUCAGACUCUCACGUAGAUACGAAGGUUACCUGGACGAAGAGCUCUUUGACGAUAUCAUGGAGCAGCGCCGUGCUGAAGCUGACGAGUUCUACUGGCGCGUUAGUCCACUCCCGAUCUCAGACGAUCUCAGGAACGUCCAACGUCAAGCUUUGUCUGGUAUGCUGUGGUGCAAGCAGUACUACCACUUCGUUUGGGAUCAUUGGGCAAACGGUGACCCUGGGAUGCCCCCACCACCAGCGAGCCGAAAGGAUAUCAGGAACAAAGAGUGGAAACACAUGUAUCUGGAUGACAUUCUUUCCAUGCCGGAUUCAUGGGAGUAUCCUUUCUUUGCAGCGUGGGACAGCGCUUUCCACUGCAUACCCCUCGCGAUGAUUGAUCCGGAUUUUGCGAAGAAGCAAUUGGAUCUGUUUACUCGUGAAUGGUACAUGCAUCCCAAUGGACAGUUGCCGGCCUACGAAUGGAAUUUUGGAGAUGUGAACCCCCCUGUCCAUGCUUGGGCCACGUUCCGGGUGUUCAAGAUGGAGCGAAAGAUGUAUGGUCGCGAAGAUUUUGAUUUCUUGGAGAGAGUUUUCCAAAAGCUGCUUCUCAAUUUCACUUGGUGGGUCAACCGGAAGGAUGCCAAUGGCAGCAAUGUCUUCGAAGGUGGAUUCCUUGGUCUUGACAACAUUGGUCUUUUCAACCGUUCGGAGCCUUUGCCGACUGGAGGUAUCCUGGAACAGGCGGACAGCACUGGCUGGAUGGGCUUCUACUGUCUCAACAUGCUGAACAUGUGCCUGGAACUCGCCAAACGCCGCCGUAUCUAUGAAGAUAUGGCCUCAAAGUUUUUUGAGCAUUUCAUUCUGAUCAGCGAGGCUAUGCAAUUUCGAAAAGGCGAUGAAGCAAAGCCCCUCUGGAACGAUGAGGAUGGCUUCUAUUAUGAUGCCAUCUCCUGGGGAGGGCCAUGGAGCCAUCAGAUGCCCGUCCGAUCUCUUGUGGGCCUGAUUCCAUUGUACGCAACAUUGACUCUCGAGCCUGAAGUGAUCAACCGAUUCCCCGACUUCAAAAAGAGAGUUGACUGGUUCAUCAAAAACAAGAACGAUACUGCGGAGCGCAAUAUUGCAUCCAUGAAGAAACGUGGCAAGGACGACCGACUCCUCCUCUCACUCGUGAGCGAAGACCGCCUAAAACGCAUUCUUCAACGUAUGCUUGACGAGGACGAAUUCUUUGCCGACCACGGAAUCCGCUCGCUUUCAAAGUAUCACAAGGACCAUCCUUACUCAAUGGACGUUAAUGGCCAGACUUUCCAGGUCAGCUAUGUACCUGGCGAUUCAGAUAGUGGUCUCUUCGGAGGCAACAGCAAUUGGCGAGGACCAAUCUGGCUUGCUGUCAACUUCCUCUUGAUCGAGUCGCUCCAAAGAUUCUACCUGUACUAUGGACACAAGCUGCAGGUCGAAUGCCCUACAGGGUCAGGAGACUACAUGCAUCUCGGCCAUGUUGCCGAGGAAAUCCAACAUAGGAUCCAGCAUCUGUUUGCCCGAGGCGAUGACGGUAGAAGAGCCAUCCACGAUGGAAAUGAGAUGCUAGACUACGAUCCGCACUGGAAGGAUUAUAUGUGGUACCAUGAGUUCUUUGACGGAGAUUCUGGUCGUGGAUUGGGCGCCACCCAUCAAUGUGGGUGGACAGGUUUGAUCGCGAAGUUGAUUCAUGAUACUGGUAUGACUUGCCGUCUUCCACAAACGCCACGAACUCCCACCAGUGCAGCAUCGCACUAUUUCGACGACAUCUUCACCCACACAGGCAAGCCGAAGAAGCCACAUCAUCUCCGACGCUCAUCUACUGCGAGGUCGAUCGGUGUUCGCAGUGAUUGGGACACAGCCAGUCAUGGCGAUGAGGAAAUUGGUUCGCCCAUCAACCGCAGCAACUCCAUUGGUUACUUGAAUGACGAGGCUUUGGCUCAGAAAGCUGUGGUUGACCAACGUGUUGCACACUACGUUAGCGAUCAGUUGGAGAAGAUCAGAAGCAACGGAUCAGAGGAACUUGAUGCAGCGGAGUUCGAAGCUUCUAUCGACGGAGCCAUGAAGAAGAGAACAAAUGGCCAUCGCAAUGACGAAGACGACGAGUAUUUCUCACGAUGAACCAUGUCCUCCAGCCGGAAAGAGGUUGAAAAAGGAACGGAUCACCGUAGCAGCGACAUAUCAAUUUUCCUGUAGACUGCAAAAGUUUCCUGCAUUCAGCGGCGCACUGUAAUGCAUUUUCCUUAUAACGUGGCGUACAUAAAUAGCUAUCACGAUUGUUCUUUGUCCAUACCCUUAGAU